AUGUCGUCUUUUGGUCUUCCGGACUCUCCUUCCUCUCCCGCGGCCGUUGCCGCCGAUUCCGCUUCCCUGCCGUCCGUUUCUCAAAUUGAGAAACUUCCAAAAUAUGACGGCAGAAGAGAUUCAGCUGUGCUGGACAGCUGGAUCUACACGAUGGGCAACUACCUCAAGUUGCUUCGUGUCCCCUCCUCUUCAGUUGCUUUCGUGGUUUCCUUGCGCCUGGAUGGCGCCGCUCUCCGUUGGUUUCGGUCCCGCUUCCCGGAGGAAGCCCAUCCCACACUCAAGUGGGAUGAAAUCUCUGCUGGCCUCGUGUCAGCCUUUCGUCCAAUCAACGACGAAAGGUUGAUGCGAAACGAAUUCGUGCGCUUGCGCCAAACUGGCAAGGCAAGCGAAUUCGUCGAUCGUCUGCGCGAGUUGCAGAUCGUCCUUCCUUUGAUUCGUCUGUGGUUUCCGCGGCUUCCUCCUCGGGAUUUCCGGUUUUGUUCCUCUGGUCCUUCUGGCUCUUCCUCCCGCGCGGUUUCCUCGGGUCCGGUCUCAAAUGACCCGAUGGAUAUUGAUGCCGUUCGGAUUUCUCCUCCAACGAGUCCGAACGAGCUCAACGCCGCCGCCGCAACGCCUGCUUCCGCUGCGGACAAGUCGGGCAUUACUCUCGAAAUUGUCCGCAAAGGCGUCGUUCCCAGGCUGGCAACGUACCAGUGCAGUACGUUUACUUCCCAAUGCCUAUGCCUGGGUAUCCCUCGUUUGGUUAUGGAGCUUAUCCCUCGGCUCCUGCUCCUGCUCCCGCGGCUUUUCCUGCCGCUUUUCCAAUGA